AUGAAAAAAGUGGAGAGCAGGAACAAAGAAAUAAUUGAAGUAAUAAAGGAGUGGAGUAGGAUACACUGUCUCAAAGACUUUGCUGCAUUAGAGCAUCAAAUGUCUCAGCAUAUGGGCUUUUGUGCUGAAUUUUCUCCAACAAUUCUUAAAAUCCUGUUCAUUUGCUACAACUUCGAUCAAGAUGAAACACUUGCAAACAAGUUACUGACUGAUCUAAUUCCAGAUUCUACUCUUGACGAGCUUGUGGUAAUCUUCAACAAAAUCACAGCCUUUUCGGAUGCUUUUAUUGAAUACUGCAAGCAAUACUCAAAGGUUAAAAAGCUAAAGCCAAUAGUUUCCAGAAUAUU